CAAUCCGUUUGCAGAGUUAAGAAAGCUACUUAGCAAAGGACUGAAGAUGGUUUGUUACAGAAUCUGCUUGUGGUCUGUCUCAGUCGUGCUGCUGCUACUGAGUGACUUUGUUCAUUGCAGAAAGAAGCCUUGCCAGGAUGAAUGCUGUCAAUAUAUUGAGAGAUUUCCUCUAAAGCUGAGCGAGCUGAGGAGGGCUUUCAAGAACAUUAGAGAUUAUUAUGAAGCCAAAGAUGAUCUCAUUGAAACUGCUCUACUAGAUGAGAAUUUGCUCGACGGUUUACAAAGUCCCUUCGGUUGUCAUUUGAUGAAUCAGGUGCUGCAUUUUUACUUGAAGGAUGUAAUCCCUCCAGCUGUCAAUCUGGGUCAUAAUGACUCCGUGGACAUCAACCCUGCAGUCGACAUGAUUGGAGGAAUACUACAUGAUUUCAAGCACACCCUAAAACGCUGUAGAAGAUUCUUUUCGUGCAACAAGAAAAGCUUCAGUUUAGAGGAUUUAAAGAACCAGUUUGGAAAUAUGCAGGAGAAAGGGGUGUAUAAAGCGAUGGGGGAACUUGGCCUUUUCUUUAACUAUAUUGAAGAGUAUUUGAUGGCAAAGAGACAUCACUAAGGAUCUACCUCAGCUCUCUCUUGACCGUACCAGGGAUAUGAAUUGAUGUAGCAUCUUCAGGAGCCUCUAUUGAAUGGCUAAAGCAAAAACCGGCCUUUAGUUAAAAAUGUAGAGAAUAACAGAAGCUGCUGUAAAACAAUGGCUUCUCCAUAUACUACAUGGUUAGAUAAUGUUUGGUUUUUGCUCCAGGCAAUAUUAAAAAAAAAAAAAAAACAAUGUCCUACUUAUUCAUUCAACACUACUUGAAACUAAAACAUUUCUUUCAUUGAAAUGUUGCUUAUGCAAAGCAUCAGGUGUAGUUAUUUUUUAAUGCAGUAUGUAUGGUUCUAAUAGAACUAGAAAGUGUUCAAUAUACUCGGCUUUGCAUUUUCGUCAGGGUUUUUGUGUGCUGUAAACUGGAGUGUUUGUUUCUGGUUCUGUUUUACAAACUUUUACUCAGUAUUUCGUAUGGGAUACAAUGGUAAUCAUUUUUAGGAUUUUAUAAUGAUCUCUUUUCUAAAGUGACUUUUUUUAGUCAUUGAUGCGUUAUAAACAAUGGAAUAUUUGUCUAUAAAUGUUGUAUUAAAUAUGUGCUAAACAAUACUAGACAGUUAUUAAUUGCAGGUAUGAAGCUUUACCUUAGUAAUGCAUCACUAAGAUGUAAUUGCAAUAGACUUCUUGUUAUUAGCAUUCAGCACCUGUAAUAACACAGUUAUAGAUGUUUAAUAGAGUAAUAGAUAUUUAAAUACAGUUGUUGUGUUAUUAUUUAUAUAAUAAUUAAGAUAAGAAAUAUGGCGUGUGUAGGCUGCAAUUGAUGUAUUUAUUUAGCUAUCGGUCAGUUGUUUUCUAAUGUGAAGAUGCAGUAUUUUAAUUUAUAAAAUAAAGUAAAUUCUUAGAAUUUUUUUUUUACUUCAGUGUCCAGGUAUUUAUUUAGUGUUAGAUUAUUUUAAAAGGUAAUCAGGCUUUCAUGUAUGUUUGUUGUUUGUCUGUUUGCGGUGUGCUGGACUCACACUGUUCUACAGAUGGUUAAAUGCUCAGGUUGAAAAGUGGACUUGCUCCUCACUGCUUUAUAUGAAGUCACAACAGUUCUAUUGUGACUGAGAUUUAUUUUUGUUUUUAUCGUUAGUCAAUAUUGAGACAGUAUUAUGUACAUUGUAUAUCUCUACAUCAUGCACAUU